UGCGUUUCUGUAACUUUUCGUUAUGCAUAAUAACGAACGAUAUAUCGAAUUCACUAUUAUAACGAAGUGUAGUGUUUCUGUAAGUCUGGUGAAAAGCAUUUUCGUUAUUUUUUUCGUUAUGACAUUCGUUAUUAUAUCAUUAAAAAAAUUGCAGUGAUAUUUUGCGGAAAAAUAAAGAUGAGCGAGGUAAGCUGGAAAAAUUUUGAUGUUUUGUUUAUGUUUAUAUUGUUUAUAUUAUUUACAGAAAAAAGUAAGAAGUGGAAAAGUUACCAAACAACAAAAACAAAAAUUACUAGAUUUAUUGAAAAAUCAUAGAAAUGUUGGUACCGGACAAUUUGGUGGCCCAAACAGCGGCAAAGCUGCUAAUGCUGUAUGGGCAACUCUCACAGCGGAAUUGAAUGCAUGCGGAAGAGCAUGUAAAACCGUUGAGCAGUGGAAAAAGUGCUGGGCAGACUGGAAAUCAGGCGUAAAGAAGCAGCAGGCCGCAAUUAUGCGUUUCCAGAACGCUACUGGAAAUCGUCCUGCCUCUGAAGGUCCAGCGCCGCUAGAUGGUAUGGACCUGCAAGUGUUAGACUUUUUCCCAACUGCACUUGUUGAUGGCGAUGGCGUUACUAAGGAGUCGGGGUUUCAAGAGAUGAAUGCAGAUGAAGAAUUGCAGAAAUCACUUGAUGACGUGUUGGAUACACCUCAAAAAACCGCAAAUGCUGCACUGCCAUCGCCCACACCCAAUACAGUGCCAUCGCCCACACCAGACAGAAUGCGACAGACUGCCACUUUCUUCAGUGCAUUUGAACAAGUGAAAACCACUCUUGCUGAGCAGGAACGCAAACGACAGGAGGAAUUUGACCAGUUGCUGUCCGUGGCGAAAGACAUUCGUGCCUCCGUGCAAUCCAUGGCCGCUUCGCUUAAACAAUUAUGCGAAAAAUAAUAAACAAAGCUUUUUUUAUAUUAUAUUUUAUUUUUUUUAUUAUAAUUAUUUAAAAUGAAUUGUUUUUUUUUAUGUUAAUUAAUUUGUGAAUUUUUUAUAAUUAAAAUAAUUAGUUAAUUAAAAUAAUUUCGUACUAUAUUAUCCCGACAUCUUCUGCCUUGAUUUAGCACACUACAAUUUUCACGAUUCUCUUCCAAAUUGUCAACUUCCAUACUGAAAUUUGACGAUACGUUUAUGUCUGGAAUUGGUAAAUUUUUUUUUAAUCUGAUAUUGUGCAAGGUUAAACACGCAUUUAUUAUUGAUCCAGCAUAUGCUGGUUUAAACAAUACACCCCGUUCAUGUGAUAAGCACCCAAAUACCUUUUUCAAAACACCAUUAAGCCUUUCAACACAAUUCCGAGCCCGAAUGUGGCAAUCAUUGUAAUUAUUUUGCCCAAUCGUCUGUGGAUUUCGAAAUGGUGUCAUCAACCAUGGUUGCUGUGGAUAGCCUGAAUCACCAAUAAGCCAACUUGAAUCUACAUCACUGGCGUUUUGCCUUUCCAAAAAUUGUUUACAUUGGCUGUUCUCCCAAAUAAAAGCAUCAUGGGUACUACCACCAUAACGCGCGUUCCCAGACACUAUGUUUAAAUUGUAGUCACAAAUAAGUUGCACAUUUUUGGAAAAGUAGCCCUUUCUGUUUAUGUAGCAGCAUUCAACAUCAGCGGCCGGCUUUUUAAUUUUAACAUGGGUGCAAUCAAUAGCACCAAUGCACCCAGGAAAACCCGUAGAUGAAAAAAAUCUGUAAAAAUAUAAACACUUAUGUUUUUUAUGUACCUAUAUAAUGACGUAUAUAAUGACAUAAUAUUA